AUGGCUAGCAAGCAAAAAAGCGCUUGUAAUAAUGCGUCGCAGGCACAAUUGCACCUGCUGGACGAGUUUAUGUCCAAACAUAGUGCAUUGGCCAAGGGAUCAUUUUUAAAAGCAGCAAAUGGUCGGGAUUGUGCCGCUAAACUUUGGGUGGAACUUAAAGCAAAACUUAAUGCUGCUGGGCCACCGAUUAAAACCGUAGCAGAAUGGAAAAGAGUUUGGACUACUCGAAAGUACAAGGCCAAAAAAAAGUUGUCGGAAAACAAACGGUCCAUACGGCAAACUGGCGGCGGUCCAUAUGAUAUUCAGCAGCUCACAACCGCCGAAGAAACAGUAAUUGACGCAUGUGGAUUUGAAGCUACUGUAUCUGGGAUUUCCGACGUUGGUUCAUACGGUGUUGAUCAAUAUGGAUCUGAAUCUGAGAUGGAUAUUGAAAAUGACCCACCGGCUGGCUUGGAACACUUCGGAUGUGAAGAUGUGAUUGGAAAUGCAUUUCCAGUAACUCAUGAGUCAGAAAACCCAACGCCUCUAGUAACACCGGUUACAUCGUUAAGAAGAGUUUCGCAACCACAGAUGUUAAGACGUCAGGUGCAGUUGACUGAGCAAUUCGUUAACGCCUCUAAGGAAAUGAUGGAACAAACGAAAAUGUUUCAAACUUCUAUCAUGUCCACAUCCCUGGAACAGCAAAGGCAACUGAAAUCUAUCAAGUACGAGUUACGCGAUUUCAACGGAAAUAAGAAAAAGGAAAAUGUAUUGCUAGCAGAGAGAAAUAAGCUGCUAGAAAGGAAGCUCAAUAUGCUGGAAAACGAGAAACAACAAAACUUUGAGUUAACAAAAAGAAAAUUGGAAUUACAAAAAAUAAACAUUGAAGUGCUACAAGCUGCAAAUGAGCUGAAGCGCCUUAAGAUAGGUACAGAAACGGCUUAA